AUGUUUUCUUUGUUGGCAUCUACAACCGACCUUAACAAGAAUGAGUCAGCCGACGACUUGAUGUCCUGCUGCUCGGAUUGGCUUUCGCCGGACGAAGACAAUAUCCUAUCGGAGUCCGGAAAAGACCCGAUGGCAUCCGACUCCAAAUCAACAAAUGUAAAAAAGAAUGUAGGGGAAAUGAAAGUACCGCCGAAAAAAAUAAGAAAGGUCAUGAAGCCCGCGGCGGCUGGUCAACCAGUAAAAUUGAAGGCUGCUCGACCAGUAAAACCGAAGGUUGCUGAACCAGUAAAACCGAAGGUUGCUGAACCAGUAAAACCGAAGGUUGCUGAACCAGUAAAACCGAAGGUUGCUCAACCAGUAAAACUGGCAUCGGCCAUAAAAUCGCACGUCAAUUUACCAAAAGACCCGUAUGCUAAGGUAAGUGCAACCAUAAUUUAAUUUAAAAAAAAAAAAUAAUAAAGAUUUAGAAAUAAACUUAUUGAAAUUGUAAGUUUGUUGCUACCUAGCAGCUACAUAUCAAGAAACGAUAAAUUUGAUUGGUUUACCCAUGAAGUAGGAAUUUAUCUAUUUCGUAGAAUAUGAGUGAUAUAAAAAUAUGUGAUAAGAUAAGGAAAAGGCUAGUAAGUGUUGACGAGUAUGACUAUUUUUUAAGAUAAGUUAAAAGAGAGGAAAUAUGGAGUAAUAUUUAGUUACAGAAUAGUAAAUCAUUGGUAACGAAAAAUGAUUCUGAACAAUGCAUUAUAAAUCGAAUUAUUUCCCUUGUUGCCAAGAUAACCCAUUAAAUCCAUACAAAUUACACAAAAGAUUUUCAUUUUUCUCUAUUUGUCGAAAAAAAAAAGAAAAUCUAAAAAGUUACCAGAAUAACUAUUGGUGGAACAUUUCUAUAUUUUGCAGACAUAAAAAGUAUUGGUAUCGUUGAUAAAUAUGAUUUUAUUUCUUUUUUACUGUGUACAAGGUACUACUAAAAUUCUUGCUUCGGUGUAUUAAGUGUAGCAUUCUUUAAAGAGGUAAUUUUAUUUAAGCACUUUUCAUAGAAAUUGUGAAAAACUCAAAAAACUUUCUUUUUUUUUUUAUUAAAAUUCAGUUAAAAAUGUUCGUAAAUACUUGAAAUUUAAACAAAAAUUUAUAUUUGCCUUUUGUAGACGUGGUAAAAUGUUCAAAACAUUGGAGGAAUUUUUCAGUUAUUUAUAGACUCUUUAAUUUUGUGAGUUUAUUGCAUAGUUUUCAUUCAGUAGGUAAUCUAUAGAAAAAACUUAGACAAAACAGAAAUACUUGAAAAUUUAACAGGAGGUUCAGCAUAAAUUGUAGUUAAUGAUCAAAAAAAUGAGUAAUAUAGAACUUUUUUUAUAUUAGAACUUUAGUAUCAAUUUUAACGUGAAUCGUAAAUAUUUCCACUUUUCAAAACAUGUAUAAUCGAUGUCACCUCAAAAUCGUUUUUCAUUAGCAAACUUCAAUCGUUAUAUAUACAUUAAAUCCCUCUCUAUAACCUAUCUUCCCAACUCUACACCUACAACAGUGGCCCAUCCAUCGGGAGAAGUAUAUCCGUAUUUUUCGCAAUGUUUAUGUACUACUCUAUCGAUUGAGGUUAGCAAUAAAACUGGUUGUAUUUCUAUUUUGAUUAUUUCCGAAUUUCAAAAUAAUCCAUAACUGUUUAUAGAUUUACGAUGAACGCGUAAAACGGCUCAAUUAUCGUAUAAGGAUCUAUUAAUUUUACAGUAAUAUUUAAAUUGUAAUCCGAUUUUUCAAGUGUACUAAUUUUUCUGAAAGGAAGUCUGUGACUGGUGUUAUGAUUUAAAAAGGGAAUUAUUUUUUUUUUUUUUGAUUUUCUCAAAGAUUUUCAGAAAAACCGAGAAAAAACGUAGGAAGACGAGAGAAUUUACGAAAUUUAUUAUUUUCGAAUCGUAAUUGACGUUUUUUUUUUUUUUUACUUCUUCACCUACUAGUGAAAUUAUAUUGCAAAUAAUUGCCGUAAAUACUCUACGGGUUUACCGUCCGAAAUAUUGGCGUUUCAUUCGUCUGUUUUCUUUUUUUCUUUAGUUGCUGAACGCAGAAUAUCCAGACCCGUGGUCUUACAAAGAGUACAACGGAAUACCAUACUCAUUGGGAUCAAAAACAGUAAUUCUGGGAAGAAAAGGGUCAUAUGACCAUUUAUCCCAGUGUGACAGUUACAGUGCUGGCAUCGGGGUGAAUACUUUGAUAUCGCCCGAAAUGGCUCAGCAGUCGCACCACGGAGACGGUGAAAACGCGACGAACAAAAAGAUCAAAAACAAACCGUCAGGACGUUUUCGGGCGGAUCACGAUGUGGACAAGACCUUUGCGAAGCAAUCCUUGGUCAACAAGCGCCCGCACGAAGCCACCCGCGUCGAACCGUUUCAGUACUUGUGGUCAGUGGCCGACAACGCCUUCAAGUCUUCACCGCCCAAGCAGAGCAAAUUGAAAAAAAUAUCCCAGAUCGUCACCGCAUACAACGCGCCGCCUGGCGGAAAUUCCAGAAAGCCCGUCCAGAAAUCCAGCAAUCUUGUUGGUCCAACAGUAUCGUCUUCGUACAUCAACCGGCAGAAACAGCUCAAAGAAACCGAGACGAAAAACAAGUUAUUCGUAAGCAAAGUAUUGCGCACAAAACCUGCGAUUUCGUCUUUCCGGUACGUAAUCAUUAACUAUCAUCAUCAAUCGUCACAUUGGUUUACACCUCUCGACUCCUACACUUACUUAUAUAUAGUCGCCCUCAUUUUUUUUUUUUUUUUUAAUGCAAUGCGAUUAUGCUCAUUUGAGCAACCUGAUUAUAUUAUAUACAAAGUGAUUAACCAUACCACGAACCAGCGAUUUACUCGAAAGAUUUUAAAUGAACUUGAUAUCUGAUUUAUUAUUUAUUAUUUUUUAAUACAUGAAUAUGGAGUAGUUGUUUUUUAGCUGUUUUAUUAAGCUGUUUUACAUUACUUUCAUUUGUUUACUCCUCCUUUGCAUAUCUAAAAAUAGCUGCCCUAGGAUAAUGAGGACGUGCGUGACCACUGUUGUAGGUAAUUUAAUGUAUGCAACCUGUAAGCAACGAUAAACAAUUGCUAACGAAAAAGCUAUUCUGAGCUGGGUUCAGUCGAUAGUGAUGCUAUGUCAAUAAUAUGAAUACGUAUACAUAUGUAUGUGUCGUAUUAUGGUAAAAUAAUUACAUAUGCAUUGUACUAUAUGUAUUAUAUAUGUUCUUUAAUAAUAUUUGUUUAUGUUCCAAUUUUCUCGUUUUUCCUUAAUUUUUUUUCGGAUUAUCAUAUUUGAUGACAAAACUCUCGAGAAAAUUGAAAAAUGACCUUCUAAUAGUACUUCCCCUCACCGAUUUUCGAAAAGUUGCACACACAUAAAAAAAAAAAAUCCAAAAUAUAUACUGUAUGAUAAUUUCAAGUAUAAGGAUUAGAGGUGAGAAAUAUAAAAAUAUUUUUAAAACGAAGCUUAAAUGAUUCCAUAAUCAGAAAUCAAAUUCACCGAAAAAAAUUGUUGGUUGGUGAUAAGUUGAUCUCCCUGUGGACUAUUUAUAAUGUAGAGUUUAGCAAAUAAACUUUGUUAACGGUAUUAUUGUUUAUUACAAUAUAAUGGAAUGACAACUGAACAUUCUUUUGAACCACCCAUUAAUAGGGAUAAUUGUUGCCAGUUAAAAUGUCAAAAAACCCAUAAAAAAACUUUUUUAGGAGUAAAUAUGGCUGUGGGAUUUAAAUUCCCCAUCUCUAACGGCUUUACCUCAUUUAAAAAUUACUUUGUGUCAGACAAUUUUAUUUUGUAAUUUCGUUAAAUUUUUAAAUGUUUUUUUAAGUGUUUUUUUUGUAGGUUUCAAAUAUAGAUCUCCAGCCUUGAGUAAUACCAUCGACUUUUCUUUGUACAUAAUAAUGUUUUUAGAUUGAAAAUCGAUCAACAAAUUAGAUGGCAUUAUCAUAUUGUAUUGUUUUUAUCAGCGUUCACACCAUCGCUUAAACACCUGUUUUUAAUUAUUACAACAUGGCUUAUAAUAAAGACUUGUACUUAUAUAAUUUAACAUUCCUAUUUAAUUCCAGUUUUAUAAAUAGUUAAUAGUUAGGUAUGCAUUUAUCAGGUUAAUAUGAACGAUUUUUUUCCCAUAAAAUAUAGGCACUUUUAAAUUGUAACGUUUUAUAUUAUUGUCUUGGUUUAAAAUUGAAAAUUUCGGAUAAAACAUCGUAGAUACACAAACAAUAUUCUUAUUUUUAGUUUGAUAGUAAAUCAAUUAACCCUUAUAUUAAAACUAACAGCACAGAGUUGUCUCUGCUAAAUCCUAAUUUGCUAUUUCGUACGUUUGUAAAAUGGAAACGACACAUCAUGUAGGUACAACAAUUUUUCACACGACGGUCUUAAGGCGCUAGAGUAACACACGAUUAUAUGAUACCAAUAUGCCAUAAGUUCACAAUUCACAACUAUAAAUAAUUAAAAUGGUAUAUUUGUGUACAGGUUACCUACACUCUUUAAGAAGAAUUAACAGAUUAAUAUCAUCUAAGAUGUUUAAGAAAUAAUUGUUGAAAAACACGAUAUCAGCGCUUAAACAUAAUAUUAUAUAUAGAUUACAAUGUAAUAAUUAUGAUACACUAUUACACACAUAAGCGUCCAUUUCAGGGGGUCAGGGCAAGAGGAAAACAUGCCCAUCUGGUUUUUUCAAAUUUUAAUAUGAAAUGUUAACAAAUUUAAUUUUGAUGUCUGAUGUCGUUAGAAAAUAUAAUUAUAAAUUAUAAAUCGCUCCCACCUCUGGAUUUUUGAAGAUUUACUCCUUAGAAUACUCAAUGGUGAUAUAAUACUUGUUUUUAAUUUAGUAAGGACGUAACUGGAAACAAAAAUAUUCAAAGUACUGAUAAGAAGAAAAAGUAACAAGGAAAAUUUAUGGAUAACAUGGAAAAUUUUUUGGAUUUACGAAUGGUAUUUAUUUCAUUUUUUCUUUUUUUUGACAAAUACCCUAUAACUAAAUUGCAUUGUAUGAUUUUAUUCUAAAAAAAUAACAUUAAUCCACCUACAAGGAUAUAUUUUAAGAAUACAAAUUAACCUUGAAAUAAUCCAAAUUUAAUAACGUUUUACACUUUAAGUUAUUUGAUUAUUGUUUUGCAGGAGAAAAUGAGCUUUGAGCUCGGUAACUGUUGCAAUUUAUCAUUGAAGUUGACUGCAAAUAUUUGAUUACAAUGAAAUUGUAUAGGUAGGAUUCUUUUGAGGGAUAUUUUGUAUAGGUGGAAAGUAGGAUCGGAAUUUUUUUUUUGAAAAUGUACAACUAUAAAAUGUUACAUUGUGGUUAUUUUGGCUACCCAUUUUGAUUUUUUAUUAAUACCAACUCGUAUUUGAAAUUCUAUUAAUAAGUGAACAUUUAUAUUUUGUAUAACUAAUGGUGAAAUUUGAUGGACAUUGUUUUAUUUAUUUAAUAACGGCAUUAUUACAAAACGUGUUUCAUUCUAUUACGCACACCGUUACACACUACUGUAUAAUGCCUUAUAAUAUCUUUUUUAAACUUGCUAUAUUUUAUCGAUACUGCCAUAACAUUACAUACUAGGUAUGUUCAAAUAUUAGGGUGGUCUUUAUUUUUUAAUCUUGAUUAUAUUCAGUCCAUACCCACUAAACUUGUUAAAUCACAUGAGAAAAAAAUUUGGGUAAAAUUUGGAAGACUUUACUUUAGUAAAACUUAUACUUUAGUAAACUUUAGUUACCCAUUAUGGUGCCGACUUAGGGUUGAAAAAUGGCAUAAGUGGGUACUAUAGUGGUUUUUCAAAUGUAUGUACAAAAUGAUAGUACUUACCAUGAAAAUAUAUAAAACCAAAAUUAUAGAGCUUAAAAAUAUCUAUAAAAUGUAAUAAAAUAUAUUUUUUCGUAAAUUCAUUAUUUUCUACGAAAUAAUUUAUUUAAACGUACAUUUAAUAUGCCUUACAAUGAAAUUUAUUUUUAUAAUUAUUAUGGCAUACACAUAGUUUCACGGUUGUGACUAUGAUAUUUUGUACGAUAAUCUUGAAUUUUCUGGAAAAAAAUGUAAAAAAUUAAUAUUAGCUCAAAAUAUUAUUGAUAAAAUGUAUUUACUUGUAACCAAAACUGUUUUUGUUCUUUAUUUUUUCGUAAUUUAACAAUUUAAUUCUUCCAUGAAUUUAACUUAGCAUUUGGUGGUAUCAUUAACGACUUUUGAUGAUCCAACUGUCUCUUUUCCUUUUUUAUACUCUUCAUUUUCUUCCCAGUAUAUUGGAUUCAGGGAUAAAAAAAUUAGUCCUUAUAUUAAAUCUAUCAAAAACUUGUAAGUAAUUAGAUCCACAGGCCAAUCUUGAGUCAAGAAAUUGGAGAUAUCUUCGAUUUUCAAUGAAUGAUUUUUAGCUAAUUUUAAAUGUUAAACAUAUUGUUACAUUACUGUGACCAUAUUUUAUGAAAUUUUGCACAGCAAAAUGUUAUCUUAUUCUUAUAGUGGGUUAUUUCAUAUUUAAACAAUUUUGUAAAUAUAUAAUUAUAUUAUACAUAUUAAUGGACAAUUAAAUAAAAAUAUAAUUUGCGGGGCAUUAUAAAUUACUACUUUAUAUAUUAUUAAAGGUCAAUUGUCCUGUUGCUAUUUUAGAUGUCGGUCAAUUAUCCUGAGUUUGUAUACUUAUUAUCUCAGGAAAUUUUGCAAUGAAUAUGAAGCCUUCUGUGAUUCUCUUGUACUCCCUGACCUUAAUCACCCUACGUUGGUAAUUCAAUGCCCUGGUAAUAACAAUUUACCGGUAUUUAAAAAUUCAAAUUCGUUCUUCAAUUGA